AUGAACCUUUUUUUUUCCUUUUGGAAUACCUCUUAUACCAUACAACUGCGGCAACGCUCACUCUCCUUAAAUUUUCUCUUUGCUUCCUAUGUAUCACUUUUGGGCGGUAUGCAGAGAAAUUUAGUUGCUGCAGAGGAAUUGUUUUUUGCUAUCAACAUCGCUUACAUAAGGCAUUGUUGUAACUGA